UCUCAAUGGUGAUGAAGUCUUCGGUAGAGGAGGAGGAGGGAGGUUGGGGUCUCGGGAUCCCAGAGAAGAUGAGAAACAACGCCAACUGGGUGGAUGUCACCAAGGAAUUCAAAGGAGCAUGUAAAGAACUUAAACUUGGCGAGCUGCUACAUGACAAAUUGUUCGGUCUGUUCGAGGCGAUGUCAGCCAUUGAGAUGAUGGAUCCGAAGAUGGAUGCCGGGAUGAUUGGAAACCAAGUCAACCGCAAAGUCCUCAACUUUGAACAGGCCGUUAAGGAUGAGGCCAUACGAGUGAAGGAUCUGAGUAUCCCUGAGCUCAUCGGGAUCAUGGACACAUGUUUCUGCUGUCUGAUCACAUGGCUGGAGGGGCAUUCUCUGGCUCAGACUGUGUUUACGUGUCUCUAUGUUCAUAAUCCGGAUCUGAUUCAAGACCCUGCACUCAAAGCCUUCGCUCUGGGCAUCCUCAAGAUCUGCGACAUCGCCCGCGAGAAAGUCAACAAAGCUGCUGUGUUUGAGGAGGAAGAUUUUCAGGCCAUGACGUAUGGUUUUAAAAUGGCAAACAACGUAACAGAUCUGAGAGUGACAGGAAUGCUAAAAGAUGUUGAGGAUGAACUUCAGAGGAAAGUGAAGAGUACACGCAGUCGACAGGGUGAACAACGAGAUCCUGAGGUUGAACUGGAUCAUCAGCAGUGCCUGGCUCUGUUCAGUCGUGUUAAAUUCACUCGCCUGCUGCUCAGUGCUCUCAUCUCCUUCACUAAAAAAGAGACGAGUGCUGUCAGUGAAGCACAGAAGCUGAUGACUCAGGCUGCUGACUUACUGCCAGCGAUUGACUCCACCGUACAGUACGGCAUACAGUCACAGAAUGACACAACCAAAGGAGAUCACCCAAUCAUGAUGGGUUUCGAGCCGCUGGUUAACCAGCGCCUGCUCCCGCCCACUUUCCCACGAUAUGCCAAGAUCAUCAAGAGAGAAGAGAUGGUCAACUACUUCAGCAAACUCAUUGAGCGCAUUAAAACUGUCUGUGAGGUCAUCAACAUAACCAACCUGCACAGCAUCUUGGAUUUCUUCUGUGAGUUCAGUGAACAGUCUCCGUGUGUGCUGUCCAGGUCUCUGCUGCAGACCACGUUUCUUAUUGACAAUAAGAAGGUGUUUGGGACUCAUCUGAUGCAGGAUAUGAUUAAAGAUGCACUACGGUAUUUUGUCAGUCCACCUGUCCUUUCCCCAAAAUGCAGUUUGAACAAUAACCACCAGGCUAAAGACUACAUUGACUCGUUUGUCACACACUGCACACGGCCAUUCUGCAGCCUGAUCCAGAUCCACGGACACAACCGAGCACGCCAGAGAGACAAACUGGGUCACAUACUGGAGGAGUUCGCCACCCUUCAGGAUGAGGCUGAGAAGGUGGACGCUGCUCUUCACGGUCUGCUGAUGAAGCUGGAGCCUCAGAGGCAGCAUUUAGCCUGUCUGGGCACCUGGAUCCUCUAUCACAACCUGCGCAUCAUGAUCCAGUACCUGCUCAGCGGCUUUGAGCUGGAGCUCUACAGCAUGCAUGAGUAUUAUUACAUCUACUGGUAUCUGUCAGAGUUUCUGUAUGCGUGGCUCAUGUCCACGCUGAGUCGAGCGGACAGCUCUCAGAUGGCAGAGGAGAGAAUCCUGGAGGAGCAGCUGAAAGCACGAAGCAGCAAGAAGAGCAAGAAGAAGAAGAAAGCUCGUCCUCUGAAUAAAGAGAUCACCAUGAGCCAAGCUUACCAGAACAUGUGUGCCGGCAUGUACAAGACUAUGAUAGCAUUGGAUAUGGACAGAAAGGUGCGCAAACCUCAGUUUGAGCUGGACAGUGAGCAGGUUCGCUAUGAGCAUCGAUUCGCCCCUUUCAACAGCGUCGUCACACCGCCGCCAGUGCACUACAUCCAGUUUAAGGAAAUGUCAGAUCUGAAGAAGUACAAUCCUCCUCCUCGCUCAGCGGAUCUCUAUAUGGCAGCCAGUAAACAUUUCCAGCAGGCCAAACUCAUACUUGAAAACGUCACCAGCCCCGAUGCAGAGGUGAACCGCAUCCUUAAAGUGGCCAAACCCAAUAUUGUUGUAAUGAAGCUGCUUGCUGGAGGACAUAAGAAGGAGACCAAGGCCCUUCCUGAAUUUGACUUCUCUGCACACAAAUACUUCCCCAUUGUCAAGAUCAUUUGAGACCGACCAUGUUUCCAGGAUGAACUUGUCUCAGUGACAUGAACUGUCAUCACAGUCGCUGAACAAGUUAACAGCCAUAAGUGUAACUGUACAGUUAAUAUACGCACGGAUACACUCACAGUGGUUUGAUUUGAACAGUUCAUAAAUCAUGUUCUUUUGUUUGGUUAAUAAUAUUGUAUUAAAU